AUGUUCGCCGGCGCCCAGAUCCGCAACGCCUUCCGCACCUCCCAGUUCCGCACCCGGUUCCGCGAGAGCUCCAAGAGAUGGCAGAGCUCGGCCGCCGCCCCCGACGCCCAGGUUAGCUGGUUCAAGCGCAUGUGGGACAGCCCCGUCGGCAUCAAGACGGUGCACUUCUGGGCUCCUGUUAUGAAGUGGGCUCUUGUCCUCGCCGGUGUUGCCGACUUUGCCCGUCCCGCCGAGAAGCUGUCCCUGACGCAGAACGGCGCCCUGACGGCCACCGGUAUCAUCUGGACCCGCUGGUGCUUGAUCAUCAAGCCCAAGAACUACCUCCUCGCCGCCGUCAACUUCUUCCUCGGUGCCGUCGGUGUCGUCCAGUGCACCCGUAUCCUCAUGUGGCAAUCCUCCCAGAAGAAGAGCGCCGGCGAGCUGGCCAGCGAGGUCAAGGAGGACGUCAAGGGAGCCGUUUCCUCCUAA